AUGAGAAAGCUUUCAUCUUGGGCUUGCAGGGUUUCACCUGAAAUCCAAGACAAUGCAGGCAAAAUUAAUAGCCCUAUAAAACCCCCAAUCCCAAAAUCUUCUUCUGUACUAAAACGUGUUGAUCAAAACCCUAAAUCUUCCUUUACGGGUAAGCUACAAUCCGAAAAAUCGGGUACUGAUACAAUUUCAACUCAUCAAGCUCAACUUCAGGCUGCCGAGAGAAGAUUCAUCUCAAAACCCAUCGAUCAUCAUUAUCUCAAUGAAAUUCUUUCGAGGAAAGACUGGUUUUUAUUGCUAAACCAUGAAAUGAAGGCGCGGAGGCUCAACGUGAAUGCUCGGGUCUUGGUUAGCAUUUUGCAGAAUCAAGAAAAUGCUUUAUGCGCCUUACGAUUUUACGUUUGGCUUUCGAAUUUCAGUUCUUCGCUUGCAAAGAACAAAUCCGUUCACAGUGCUUUAAGCAAUUCCCUAUGCAGAAAAGGUCCGGUUUUGUUAUCUUCUGAAUUGAUACAUGAAAUUAAGAACUUGGGGUGCCAAUUAGAUGAGGGAUUGCUCUGCUCUUUGAUUGGUAGCUGGGGAAGAUUGGGGUUGGCAAAGUACUGUUCCGAGGUUUUUCAGCAGGUUUCGUAUUUGGGGAUUUUUCCUAGUACGAGAUUAUAUAAUGCGGUAAUUGACGGGCUAGUGAAGUCAAAUUCACUAGAUUUAGCCUACCUCAUGUUUCACCAAAUGGAGGUGGAUAAUUGUGUAAGGGAUAGAUUUACAUACAAUAUUCUCAUUCAUGGUGUAUGUAAGGCUGGUGUAAUGGACGAGGCCCUUCGUCUAGUGAAACAAAUGGAGGGAUUGGGGUACUUGCCCAAUGUGUUCACAUAUACCAUUUUAAUCGAUGGAUAUUUAAAUGCGAGAAAAAUAGAUGAGGCGUUCAGGCUUCUUGGGAGAAUGAAGACUAGGAAUGUGAAGCCAAAUGACGCCACUUAUAGAUCACUAAUCAAUGGCGUUUUUCGUACUUUGCCCCCUGCUCAAGCUUUUGAGUUGUUAUCGAGAUGGGUGAAUAAGGAGCCCAAUCUUCCUAAAGUUGUUUGUGAUAGCAUAAUUUAUUGUUUGUGUACUAAUUCCUUACCUAAGCAGGCCGCUGAAUUUUCAAAGACAGCAGGUGAACGGGGUUAUGUUCCAGAUAGUUCAAUAUCUAAUAUUGCCUUGACUUGUUUGAUAAAAGGAUUAGAUCUCGAUGAAGCGUGUCAGAUGUUUGAGUUUUUCAUUGAGCGUGGGGUGAAGGUGGAUUUAAGUACUUGCCUGGCACUUAUUGAGGAAUUAUAUAAAUCGAGAAGGGAAGAAACAGGCAAUGAGUAUUUAAGCCGGUUAAUCCAAGAAGGACACGUCGCUAAUGUAUUUUCAUAUAAUAUGAUGAUUGAUUGCUUCUGCAAAGCGAAAAUGAUGAACAAAGCCAUGGAGACUUUUAUGGUAAUGUCCAAAAGGGGUGUUUUUCCUAAUCUUGUUACUUUCAAUACCCUCAUCGCAGGCUACAGUAAGGUUAGGGAUGUAAAGAAGGCACGGGAACUGCUACUUAUGCUAUUUGAUCAGGGUUUAAAACCAGAUGUGUUCACUUUCAGUUCGAUUAUCGAUGUUCUAUGCCAGGUUAAUCAGAUUGCCGAUGCUUUUGACUGUUUCUUGGAAAUGAUAGAGUGGAGGAUUAAUCCCAAUGCAGUCACGUAUAACAGCUUAAUUCAUUCAUUGUGUAUCUCAGGGGACAUUUUGAAAGCAAUGAGAUUAUUGAAAAAGAUGAAAAUUGAUGGGAUAUUGCCCGAUGUUUAUACCUUUAACGCUUUAAUACAAAAUUAUUGUAAACUUGAUAAAAUCGAUAAGGCCCAGAGGCUUCUCGCAAGCAUGUUGUCACUCGGUUUGCGUCCAGAUAAUUUUACGUACGUUGCUUUUAUUAGUUGUCUGUGUCAAUCUGGGAGGUUCGGUGAGGCCAGAGAUUUGUUUUAUUCAAUGGAAGAAAAUGGAUGCAGACCUGAUGCUUAUACGUGCAAUUCAUUCAUUGAUGCCUUGGUAAAAUCUGGAAAAUAUCAAGAGGCUCAAGAUGUGUGGAUGGAAUAUGAACAGAAGGGAAUUAUUUUGAAGCCGUUGCCUACAGAGUCCCGAGGUGUGGUUGGUUGA